GGGAAAUAUAUAUUUAUACACUUUUUUUCAUAUUUAUCUCAAUAUCUAUUGUUUUUCAUUUUUCCAAGUUUAUUUAAAUGCCACUCAAAUAUAUGUCAAAAAAUUCUAAAAAACACCAAGUUAGAACCAUUUGAUUUAUUUAAACCUCAUAGUGAAGAGUCAUGGCAGCAUAUUUACCACAUAUAAAAAAUGCUCAAGAUUCCUAUAUUAGCAUAAAAAGUUCUAAAAAAAAUUGUAAAUCAAAGCAUGAACAGCUUGUUGGAAUUGUGAAAACAGCACAAGGUGAAAAAGUCAAUGAUCAACUUAUAACAACUACACCUAUUGACUCAGGAGAAUGUCCACAUUGUGCACGGAAUUUUGGAUUUAAAUCGUAUGAUCGACAUGUAGAAUUUUGCAGAAAAAAAGCUCAAAGAAUAUCUACUGCGCCAGUGAUAAGUCAAGUAGCUAAAGAAAGGCUUGAAGCGAGAACAAAAUACCGUGCUCCUCCUCUUAAGUCACAGCGUACAGUCACUAAAGAAAAGUAUUCUCCAAAAAUUAAAACUUUUACUCAAGAUGUUUCAAGUGUACCAAUAAAAGUGAUACAACCAUUAAAAACUUUUAAAAACAGAACUCCACAAAAUAGAAAUAUUGUAUCUAAUAUCCCAAAUCAAUUGCCAACAGCUGUGAAAAAGAAAGAUCAAAUAAUAAAAAGCAGUCUUUAUGGGGACAGAAAUGCAAUACACUUGCCCCAAAAGCCAGAUCUAAAAAAUGAAACAGUUAUGAAGAAAUCAGAAUCUGCAUGUGUCUUUAUUUCUCAAAAUCACAUUAAACAAGGAGUGAUGGUCAAUCAUUUUGACAAAAAAAAUAUUUCAAAGUCUAAUCAUAAAAAAUAUAUAGCUAUUGAAGAUAUGCUUUAUGGUGAUAAUGAAAAAAAUCUUAAUUUUGAUUUGGCGGAACAAGAACUUUUAAAAUCUGUGUCAGAAUUUGAAAACUUAUUGAAAAUAACAGAUGAAGAUAAUAUAGUACCACCAUCUUUGAAUAGAACUUCUGUAAUUAGUAUGAUUAGCGGGAUUAAUUCCAAAAGCAGUGCUGAUUCAACUUAUAGYGGAAGCUUGAAUAGAAAAACUGAGCAUGCAACAACUGGAAAUUGUCUUACACUUCUGAAAGCUGCUAAAUUUUGUCAUGAAUGUGGAUUCAAAUAUCCAAUUGUUGAUAUUAAAUUUUGUACAGAGUGUGGCAUGCGGCGCAUAGUAACAUAAUUGAAUUGCUUUAAUUUCAAUAUUUAUGUUUUAUUAAGGAUAUUAAGAAAACAGAGUUUACAAUGUGUUAAAUUUUUAGAGUGUAGAGUAUAUUUUUAUAUUUUUAUGC